AUGUUCAAAGGAAGAAACAAACUCAAGAGCGUAAAGAAUAUAAUCAAAACUGCUGGUGAUGUGGACUACUCCUCCCAUCUUUCCUCUGACUUGUUUGAUGUUAUCCAGUUGAACAGUUAUGGCUUCUCCAACACUGGCAAUCUCUGCAUGGGCUUCGAUCCUGUUCAGAGCUUGCUCGCCAUCUCCAACAGCGAAUACAUCUACGUUUUUGGCCAAUCUCAUGUUCAGGUCAGCUUCAAAAUCAAUGCCCCCAUAGUCGAUCUCAGGUUCAUCAAGGGAGUCUUCUUGGUUGCAAUUGACGCCAGAUCAAAUGUGUUGGUAUUUUCUCUCAAGUCCAACAGGUUUUUGACCACCUAUUCUGCUCCAGGCAAAGUAACUGCCAUUGAAUCUGAUCCUUCCUUAGACUAUCUCUUGCUUGGUGUCUCCAGUGGCAUGAUUUACUGCUUCAAUGUAUCCACUGGUAAUGCUACUUCCUUUCAUUUGCAAAGCUUCCAAAGACAAAUCCUAGCUAGAAAGCGAAAAAAUAAUAGAGCAUCUGUCAGCUUGAACUCUCCUGUGAAAUCAAUUCAAUUCAACCCAAGAGACUUUGGCUCGAUUUUAAUUGCUUACUCUGAUCUUGCUGUCGUCUACUCUGUGUCCACAAAUAAUCUCAAACUAGAAUUGUGCUAUGAGUUACAACCUGGUGCCCCAGGGGGGAACAACUCCAAUCUUUCAUCUUACAGAUACCCUAAAAUAAUCAAAGCUUUAUAUCAUCCAAAUGGUUUAAACAUCUUAACUGCCCACGACGAUGGCUCCCUAGUAUUUUGGGAUGCAAAUUCGGGAGAAUUAUUACAAGCAAGAUCUAUCUUUGAUAUCAAUAUCAACAUUCCUCAAAACCAAAGAUUUGCUGCUAACCAAGAGACUUUAUACACAGAAUUCACUCAGAUUGAAUGGAUCUGCGAGGAAAACCCAGAAAAUACUGCUCUACUAAUUGUGGGUGGUGAUUCAUUUCAAAACUCUCCUGUUGUUAACAAUAACAUUGUAAUGAUUCAAUUCAAUACCACUCCAAAAUAUUCAAUUACUUCCUAUGAGAAAAUGGGCGACUUUUAUGCCAAUCCAAAGCAUUUAAAAAUAUUUCCAAUCAGUCAAGAAUUCUUAAUAUCAAAUUUCUUAUCUCUUCCAACUGCUUCUCCUUAUUUUCAUGGUAACCAUGCCCCAGAAUUCAUCCUAGUAUCUUUACAAAAUGGUGACUUGGAACUAUUAAAAUUCCCCCAAGGUACUUUGGAAUAUUCCUCUUCUCUUUUAUCACCUGCAAUCUCUUGGAUUCUCCCUAAAAUUUCGUACUUAACAGCAACCCCUGUUCCUAGACCUCAAUGGUUGGGAAUUGUUGAAACUUCAAAGCUAAAUAAAAACCACCCACCAAUAUUAAAAGGUGGCUUGCCAUCAAAGACAUCUGGUAGAAUAUAUGCUCAAAAAUCUGUUUUAUUUACUGGUCACAAAAACGGCGCAAUAAGAAUAUGGGAUGCCUCGAAUACUGAACUUGAUGAAUCCCAAGUCCUUGAAAUUGACACCACCUUUGGCUUUAAUAAUUCUCCAAAAGCAGCAAUCAAUCAAAUAUCUUUUUCCGCUGAAGUCGCUGAGCUUACAUGUUCGAAUGAAAAUGGUGAUGUUUUUUUUUACAGAUUUGGCAAAAACACCAAUUUUACUCCUCAAGUAACCGAUAGCGAUUUAAUGGCUUUAUCAAGACAAUUCAAUAAAAUUUCUCUAAGUAAACAGAAUCAACCUAAAUCACUAGUCGACAUUUCUCAUAUAAAGCCUCCAUAUAUUUAUCAGGGGUUUUUACCUCGAACUUUUAUCCCUUCUACUGAUCCAAAUAUUCAAGUCACCUCUUUAGAAAAUUCAGAUAUUGGGUUUUCAGCUGUUGGCUAUUCUAAUGGAGAUAUUCUUAUUACUGAUAAUAGAAAUAAUCCUUAUAUACUUUUUAUCGAUAAUAUCAACAAUGGUAUGAUCAAACCAACAUCAAACAGAAAUUCCUUAAAUUCUCAAAAUCCUUUUGUCAGCUUUUUUCAAUUUUCAAUUUCUAAAGUUGAACAAAAUUCAAAAUAUUCCUCUAUUUUAUUGUACAUUGGGACUUCAAUAGGUCAAUUAAUAACUUUUGAAAUAAUUCCGGCUGAUAAUGGUUCAUUUCAAUUAAAAUAUGUUUCAUCUAUCGAAUCAAAUGAUGGCAAAAUAAUCAACAUCAUUCCCCUAGAUAGUUCUGGAAAAUCUACUGUAGCAAGAAAUGCUGUUUUUGAACAACUUUCUCUGGGAAUUUUAAUUGACAGUUUUAUAAUUGUGGUCUCUGUAGCUGAUGUUAGAAUAUUAAAAUCCCCUCUAGUGAAAUCAAGUCACAAAUUGUUUAACAAUUUCAUUUUAUCUGCUCAUAUAACAAUAAUGAAUUCUUCACCUGAUAAAAAUCUUUUGAAUUUUGUGUUGGUUUGUCUAUUGAAAAGUGGAAUUGUAGAUGUUCUAUCUGUUCCUUCACUUCUGUCAAUCAAACAGCUUAGAUUACCAUAUAAUUUUGAUUCUGAUUUAGGUUUUCAAAGUGUCAUUUUACCAAAUGGUGAUAUUGUCGUUCGUUUUACUGAAAGUGAAAGUAUCUUGAUCAACAUUGCCAAAAGAGGAAAACUUACUGAUCGAACUGAUUUAUUGUUCAAUGAUUCAUUAAAGGUUCCAUCUAGACCUACAAUAAAUGCACUUCAAUGGGCUCGUGGUACUAAAUUAAUAUCAAAAGAAGAUUUUGAUUUGAUUAUUGGAGGAGAUCCUGCUGCUCGAGCAAGAUCCAAAUAUCCUGAAGAGACUGCGAUAGCUAAAAACAUUAUCACAUCAACUGCAGUGGAUAGCAUUCUUAAUAUGAAUGAUAAUGAUGAUGAUAAUGGUAAUACCCAAGUAACCAGAAACUCCAAUAGAAAAACUAAUCAAAACUCAUAUGCUAACAAUGUGUUAAAAAUUGCGCAGACUGGAUUAGAUAAUUUAGGUGAAAGUAUUAACAACCUUGGUGAUUCUGUUAGUCAGAGUAUAAAUGAAAAUGUUGAACAAACAAAAAAUUCAAUGAUGAAAUCU